CAGUCGCUUGUUGCCAUCAUCUUUAUCGGAACCAUUUGAGGCUGGGAGGACCCGGUCGAUUGCUGAACGUGUUGUCGAGGCGAUAAACCGUGAACAAGUUCGUGACAAGUCGAAACCGAAGCAUGAUCAGUACAGUCUCUGUUGUUUUGGAAUCUCCAAUGGACGGUCGUGUAAGAUGCGGGUCUGGCAAAAUUUAGAUCACGGUUCACCUUCUUGGACCUUGCGUCUGGAGGGCCCUGGUUGGAGGGCCUCGGUGUUGGAUUGUCCCGAUUUAUCUGCAGGCUCCCACACCGGCGGGAAGAUUGCUGUGUCCCCAGAAUCACUUCACUUUUGCAAGACGGAUGCGGAAACAGCAACUGUCACUGCACAUGAGGUUGAGCAUACCUUGGCUAGCCGUGAAGCAGAGCUGCUCGUACAGGAUCUUUGCCUUGUAAUCGGCAGGAUACAAAUGGUUGAGCAGCGGCGCGGGACUGGAUUUUUCAGUUCAAUCACGCAUCCUGAAAUGGAGAUGAUCAUGCAGGAUCAUUGCCUUGUAACCAGACCAAGAAUGCUUCCGCUGUAUCUCGUGAUCGCAUUGUUCUGCUCAAUGCUCGCCAUCCUUUCGCCUGCCUUUAUCACAUUGCAGAUUCCUCUCUCCUCUUUUUCUUUGAUUCCUCUGCUGUUAUGCAGAGCAUUCAGUGAUCCCUAAGUCCUUGCGAUUCGUCGGAGUAAGUAUUGGUUGGAGACGGGUCUUACGUCAAUGGUGUCUCAAUCAAACUCAAAUCAGUGUAGCUUCCUGACUAUACUUGAUAGUUAUAUAGGAUGUUUUCUGGGUGGUAAUUAUGAUUCCAAAAAGCCUUGACAAGCCGGUUUUCCUUUCGUCAAGGUUAUACUGCGCAAAGUACCUGACCGUUUUGUCUGUAGGGAGGAGGUUGAAGCAGAUUGCAGCCAAUAGCUUCUGCGGGGUACAAUCCUAGAGCGGCACCAGCACGACACGAGAAGCAAGGACCAGUAGAAUUAAAUGCUGCGUGCUAGCAGAGGCCAUGAGAGAAGCUCUCAUUUUGCACAAGAAGGCUAUCUUAGGUCGCGGAACUGAUGAGUGACAUGGGUGGAGAUGAGAAAGCUUUAGAGUGCUAGUUAUAUAUUCAUGGGUCCUAAUCUUAUCUAGAGCUUGCUUGUGUUUGCAUCUUGUUUUCUUGAACUAGUUAAGCUUUGACAGCAAAAUUUGAAUUCGAAGCUGCUAUUCUCAAUCGGAUGAUCACUUUUUUCUGU